GCCCGCUGAGCUGCUGCAGCCCGCGGUCUGAGGAACCUGAGGCGCGGGGCCGGGAGCCGAGAGGAUCCUGGACGGCGGCGGGCGCUAGGGCGGGCGCGUCCAGAGUGGUCGCGCGGGUCAGCUGCGGCCCCUCCGCCUUGUUUCUUGCAGGUCCCCUUCUUCUCCGCCGGGACGCGGGAGAGCCCGGCGCGCGGCGGGGGCGCGAGGUGGAGCCGGCGGGGGCGGCCAAUGCGAAACUGGCUGGUGCUGCUGUGCCCGUGUGUGCUCGGGGCCGCGCUGCACCUCUGGCUGCGGCUGCGCUCCCCGCCGCCCGCCCGCGCCUCCGGGGCCGGCCCGGCAGGUCAAUUUGCCUUAUUCCCUCAGUGGAAAUCUAGUCACUAUGAUGUGGUGGUUGGUGUGUUGUCAGCUCGCAAUAACCAUGAGCUUCGAAAUGCGAUAAGAAGCACGUGGCUGAAGCAUCUAAUACAGCAUCCAGCAUUAAGUAAACGUGUGCUUGUGAAGUUCAUCAUAGGUGCUCAUGGCUGUGAAGUGCCUGUGGAAGACAGGGAAGAUCCUUACUCCUGCAGACUACUCAACAUCACGAAUCCGGUUUUGAAUCAAGAAAUUGAGGCAUUCAGUCUUUCUGAAGACACUUCAUCAGGGCUCUCUGAGGACCGAGUUGUCAGUGUGAGCUUCAGAGUUCUCUACCCCAUCGUUAUUACCAGUCUUGGGGUGUUUUAUGAUGCCAACGAUGUGGGUUUCCAAAGGAACAUCACCGUCAAGCUUUAUCAGGCAGAACAGGAGGAGGCCCUCUUCAUUGCUCGCUUUAGUCCUCCGAGCUGUGGUGUGCAGGUGAACAGGCUGUGGUACAAGCCUGUGGAGCAGUUCAUCUUACCAGAGAGCUUUGAAGGUACAAUCGUGUGGGAGAGCCAAGACCUCCAAGGCCUUGUGUCAAGAAAUCUCCACAAAGUGACAGUAAAUGAUGGAGGGGGAGUUCUCAGAGUCAUUACAGCGGGGGAGGGUGCACUGCCUCCUGGAUUCGUGGAAGGCGUGGAGGGAGUUGCAGGGGGUUUUAUUUACACCAUUCAGGAAGGUGAUGCUCUCUUACAAAACCUGCAUUCUCGCCCUCAAAGACUUAUUGAUCAUAUAAGUAAUCUCCAUGAGGAGGAUGCCUUACUGAAGGAGGAAAGCAGUAUCUAUGAUGAUAUUGUUUUUGUGGAUGUUGUGGACACUUAUCGAAAUGUUCCUGCAAAGUUACUGAACUUCUAUAGAUGGACUGUGGAAACAACCAGCUUUGAUUUAUUGCUAAAGACGGAUGACGACUGUUACAUAGACGUCGAAGCUGUGUUUAAUAGAAUUGCCCACAAGAAUCUGGAUGGGCCUAAUUUUUGGUGGGGAAAUUUCAGACUGAAUUGGGCAGUUGACCGAACCGGAAAGUGGCAGGAGCUGGAGUACCCCAGUCCUGCUUACCCAGCCUUUGCGUGUGGGUCAGGGUAUGUGAUCUCCAGGGACAUCGUCCACUGGCUGGCCAGCAACUCGGGGAGGUUAAAGACCUAUCAGGGUGAAGACGUAAGCAUGGGCAUUUGGAUGGCAGCCAUAGGACCUAGAAGAUACCAGGACAGCCUGUGGCUGUGUGAGAAGACUUGUGAAACAGGAAUGUUGUCUUCCCCGCAGUAUUCUCCACAGGAACUGACAGAACUAUGGAAACUGAAGGAGUUGUGUGGUGAUCCUUGUCAGUGUGAAGCAAGAUGAUGAUUUUAAUUCGCAGUGUUUAAAGAUCAGGGACAAGAGAAGCUGUGACACAGGAACUUUGAGAAGACGCGACAGCAAUCCUUUCACCUUCUGGAUUGUCAUGGAGUCUGUCAAAGAAAAGAAAAACCAUCAACCCUCUCACAUGAGUUGCCUGUAAAACUAGCUCAUGUGACGAGACCACAACUGCAGUGACAGCUGUGACUGUCAUUUCACAGUGUCCGUUUACCCCAGUCAGGGGCUGGGGAAGCUUGCCACGGUCUCACACCGGUUACUUGAGUCACUUGGGGAGCUGUGGGAGACGGAGCCAAUGUUUGACCUAAGUGCCCUUGACAGUGAGUUUUCAUUCCAUUCCAGUCGUUUUUAGUAUUUCCUCCUUAAUUGGAAUGAACAGAAAGCAUUCUCUGUAGAGGAAUAUGUGUAAGUGUGAUCAUUAACUCGUUAACCCUUUGUGAUGACCUGCUUAUGCAUCACUCAGAGAACGCUGGGGCGGGGCCCAGGCCCUGAGCACGUCUGCACCCUCUCCGGCCUGCCUUUCCUCCUCUGCAAAGCGAGGGUAGACUCGACGUCCGCAAGCUCCCUUCCAGCGCUGCCAGUCUGUAAUCAUUAUCCUGUGUCACUGUGCCCGACAGACAUGUGCAGGUGGCCGCCAGGCGUGGGAAUGUAACUUAGUGAGUAAAUGCUUUGGUUUGUUCAGAAAACACUAUGAACUUCUUUCCAAAGAUGGGUUGUGGUAAAUAAUGGAUAUUUUGAUUAUGAGAAAUAUAGUUUCUUUGAAGCUUUAGCUGGAGGUACAGCAAUAGUGUGGUGUUCCUACAAAUAUGACAUGUAUUCAAACAAAUAUUUUUCUAUCAAAAAUCAUUUUUGUAAAAGCUGUCUGUGUUUUUAUGCAACUUGUGAUAAUAAAUGUUAUCUUUAUUUUAGAAUAAAAA